UGUGCUGUUUGGAAGGUACAAUACAAAUUCGGAUGCUGUAAUGUGAUGUAAUUCCAACCGUGAAGAAACCACAAUGGAGUGCGUGCAUUAAUGGCCUCUUCAAUUCGCCUUCGUAGCACGUACUUUGCCUGCCUGGGGAAGUAUCACUUUUUGCGUGCUUGCAUAUAAUAGUGGUCGGAUGAAGGAGCGAAUGCAGCACGGAUUGACGAGCCAUGGCUUCCCUCAGCCAAGACGACAUACAGCUCAAAAUCAAGGAGCUGAGGCAGACCUUUAAUUCUGGGAAAACUAAGGAAGAGUCGUGGAGGCGGUCGCAGCUCCAGAAUCUGCUGCGUCUUCUGGAGGAGGAGGAGCAGGACAUAAUCGAGGCUCUCACGCAGGAUUUAGGAAAGCAUUCUGUUGAGUCCUUCAGAGAUGAGGUAGGUCCGCUGAUAAAGACAGUACAGUAUGCGUUGAAUGGGUUGAAAACAUGGAUGUCGCCUAAGAAGGCUGAUUUGCCACUCGCUGCAUUCCCUUCGAGUGCAUGCUUAGUUCCUGAGCCCCUUGGAGUUGUUCUCAUACUAUCGACUUGGAAUUUUCCUUUCGGAAUAUCGUUGGAAGGAGUGAUAGGAGCAAUUGCAGCCGGGAACACGGUGGCUCUAAAACCAUCGGAGCUUGCUCCAGCAUCAUCCUCGACUCUGGCGAAACUGAUCCACUCUUACUUGGAUACCACAGCCAUAAAAGUCAUUGAAGGCAGCAUCUCCGUUGGUAAACAGCUGUUGCAACAUAAAUGGGACAAGAUAUUUUUCACAGGCAGCGCUGCUGUGGGCCGAGAAGUGAUGGCUGCUGCAGCUGUGAAUCUCACACCUGUUGUGUUGGAAUUAGGCAGCAAAAGCCCUGCAGUUGUGGAUAAUCUCUCGGGUUCUUGGGACAAGAAAGUUGCGAUGAAACGUAUAAUGUCAGCCAAAUUCGGGACGUGCACUGGCCAAGCUUGCAUAGCUAUCGACUACAUUCUAGUCGAGAAGAGCUACUCAUCCACCUUGAUAGAGCUGCUGAAGGAGGGGAUACAAACCAUGUUCGGGGAAAAUCCAAAAGAAUCGAGAAACAUUGCAAGAAUAAUCAACCGAGCUCAUGUUUCGCGUCUAAGUAGACUCUUGGACGAUCCGGAAGUUAGAAAAUCCAUCGUUCAUGGCGGUUCUAUAGACGAAGAUAAUCUCUUCAUCGAACCGACACUGCUGUUGGAUCCUCCGGUAGGAUCUCGAAUCAUGACGGAUGAAAUCUUCGGGCCGUUACUUCCCAUUAUCACUCUGGACAGGAUUGAAGACAGUGUCGAGUUCAUCAAAUCGAGGCCUAAACCACUCGCGAUAUACGCAUUCACCAACGACAAGGCGCUAAUGAAGAAGCUCUCGUCCGGGACAUCGUCAGGAAGUAUCAUAUUCAAUGAUGCCAUAAUCCAAUACGUUGCGGAUAGCCUGCCUUUCGGGGGAGUGGGAGAUUGCGGAUUCGGGAGGUACCACGGGAAGUACUCGUUCGAGGUGUUCUCGCACGAGAAGGUGGUGGCUAACAGGGGGUUCUUGGUGGAUUUCUGGUUCAGAUAUCCGCCAUGGAAUGGGCAGAAGCUGCAGCUCUUCAAACGUGCUUACAGGUUGGAUUAUGUUGGCAUCGUUCUCAUCUUGCUUGGCUUGAAGAAGUCUUGAAUAUCAUAUGAUCUGUCAUCUUAUCUCAUCUGAUCAUCUCUACAUUUUGUGUGUCUUAUUAUUAAUUGCAUUGUGUAGUUUAAUUGCUGGUUUUUGUGGGUGUGUUGGUAAUUUCGUAUCAGUAAUUGGUUGCUUUGGUGUUGAGGGGUGUUUUAGUCAUUUCAAAAUAAGAUAUUGCUUUAGUGUUGGGGUGUUUUUCGCUUUCGUUUUGCGGGUGUUUUUUUUACUAUUUCCAAAUAAAAAAUGAGCUUCUCUUCA